CCGCUCUGACCCGGAUUCACAACAACAGUUGGAAACGGCUAACUAGCUAACCAAGUGAUCCAGGCUGCUACUUUCGUUUAUUAUUCACGGUUACGGUCCGUUUACCGCAGCGGCGCGUUUCACCGGCAGCAGAACUGUACGAUAUCUGGGCGGCUGUCUUAGCUAACACGCCGAGAGACGACAUGAAGACGGUUACUCUGCGUUCAGGCUAAAGUUUGUUGCCGUUAGCAGCCGUUAGCAGCAUCACACGGACCGUCGACUGCUUGCUAGCCUGCUAAAGCAUCAACAACAACAACAACAACGGUCCUGUCAACAGCAGCAGAAGCCACAUUAGCUGCUGGUAACAAUACAUACGUGUGUUGAGGAGUGAUGGGGAAUCAGCUGGCGGGGAUCGCCCCCUCACAGAUCCUGUCUGUGGACAGCUACUUCUCAGACAUCCACGACCAUGAGUACGAUAAGAGCCUGGGCAGCACCCGCUUCUUCAAGGUGGCCCGGGCCAAACACCGGGAGGGCCUGGUGGUGGUCAAAGUAUUCGCCAUCCAGGACCCUUCGCUGCCUCUGACCAGCUACAAACAGGAGCUGGAGGAGCUGAAGAUCAGACUGCACUCCUGCCAGAACUGCCUGCCCUUCCAGAAAACCUCCCUGACGGAGAAAGCCGCCAUCUUGUUCCGUCAGUACGUCCGGGACAACCUGUACGACCGCAUCAGCACCCGGCCCUUCCUCAACAACGUGGAGAAGCGGUGGCUGGCCUUCCAGAUCCUCAACGCCGUCGACCAGGCGCACAAAGCCGGCGUCCGCCACGGCGACAUCAAGACGGAGAACGUGAUGGUGACCAGCUGGAACUGGGUGCUGCUCACCGACUUCGCCAGCUUCAAGCCCACCUACCUGCCGGAGGACAACCCCGCCGACUUCAACUAUUUCUUCGACACGUCCAGGCGGAGAACGUGCUACAUCGCCCCAGAGAGGUUCGUGGAUGGAAGCAUGUUUACCACAGAGAGCGACCAGAAUACACCGCUGGUGGACUUGACCAAUAACAACCAGAGGAGCAGAGGGGAGCUGAAACAGGCCAUGGACAUCUUCUCUGCAGGCUGUGUGAUAGCGGAGCUGUUCACAGAGGGCGUCCCUCUCUUCGAUCUGUCCCAGCUGCUGGCGUAUCGUAAAGGACACUUCCAGACGGAGCAGGUCCUCAUGAAGAUCGAGGACCGCAGCAUCCGGGAGCUGGUAGCUCAGAUGGUGCAGAGAGAGCCAGAGAAGCGUCUGACAGCAGAGGAGUAUCUGAAGCAGCAGAGAGGGAAAGCCUUCCCCGACAUCUUCUACACCUUCCUGCAGCCGUACAUGGCUCAGUUCGCCAAAGAGACCUUCCAGUCCGCAGAUGAGCGAGUGCUCGUCAUCCGCAAAGACCUCGACAACAUCCUGCACAACCUGCGAGGAGGCUCUUCUUCUUCCUCCUCGUCUCAGGAAAUCAGCGAUGGCGUGCUGAGCUCCAGAGAGGAGCAGGGCCUCAUCGUCCUGGUGUCCGUCAUCUCCUCCUGCCUGCAGACGCUGCACUCCUGUGACUCCAAGCUGGCGGCGUUGGAGCUCAUCCUCCACCUGGCUCCGCGGCUCGGCGUCGACAUCCUGCUGGACCGCAUCACGCCCUACCUGCUGCACUUCUGCAACGACCCCGUGCCUCGCGUGCGCGCUCAGGCCGUGCGCACUCUGACCAAAGUGCUGGCGCUGGUGAAGGAGGUGCCGAGGAACGACGUCAACAUCUACCCAGAGUACAUCCUGCCAGGCAUCGCCCACCUCGCCCAGGACGACGCCACUAUCGUCAGGCUGGCAUACGCAGAGAACAUAGCCCAUCUGGCAGAGAGUGCGCUGCGUUUCCUGGAGUUGGUUCAGGAAAACAACGUGAACACAGAACAGGACCUGAGCGGCGAGGACACCGAGGAAAUACUCCACCCCAACGAAAACUACGACUCAGAGCUGCAGGCGCUGCACGAGAUGGUGCAGCAGAAGGUGGUGACGCUGCUGAGCGACUCGGAGAACAUCGUCAAACAGUCGCUGAUGGAGAACGGGAUCACGCGCCUCUGCGUCUUCUUUGGCCGGCAGAAAGCCAACGACGUGCUGCUCUCUCACAUGAUCACCUUCCUCAACGACAAGAAUGACUGGCAUCUGCGAGGAGCCUUCUUCGACAGCAUCGUGGGUGUUGCAGCGUACGUUGGCUGGCAGAGCUCCUCCAUCCUGAAGCCUCUCCUCCAGCAGGGUCUGAGUGACACCGAGGAGUUCGUCAUCUACAAAGCUCUGAACUCCCUGACCUGCAUGUGUCAGCUGGGCCUGCUGCAGAAACCUCAUAUCUACGAGUUUGUCAGUGACAUCGCUCCGUUCCUGUGUCACCCCAACCUGUGGAUCCGUUACGGGGCGGUGGGCUUCAUCACUGUCAUUGCGCAGCACCUCAACGUGGCUGACGUCUACUGCAAACUGAUGCCCCACCUCAACCCCUUCAUCACCCAGCCCAUCAUCCAGAUCGAUAAGGAGCUGGUCCUGCUGAGUGUGCUGAAGGAGCCGGUCAGUCGCUCCAUCUUCGACUACGCCCUGCGCUCCAAAGACAUCGCCAGCCUCUUCCGCUACCUGCUGCUUCGACAGAAGAAGCGCGCAGGAUCUAUCCCAGAAUGCCCCACUCCCGAGGACCCGGCCAUCGCACAGCUCCUCAAGAAGCUGCUCUCACAGGGGAUGAUCGAGGCGGAGGAGGACAAGCUGCUGGCGCUCAAAGACUUCAUGCUGAAAUCCAACAAGGCCAAAGCCAACAUGGGUGAGCAGAGUCACCUGGGGGAGGCGGCCCAGACCGGCGUCAUCGACCUGGCAACGCUCGGCAUCACCGGCCGCCAGGUCGACCUGGUUAAACCCAAGGCUGAGGCAGAGGACAAGAGAGAGUCCAUCGCUGCAGCAGCCGCGAGGAAGCACACAAAGCAGGACUCGACGAUGAACGAGGAGUGGAAGAGCAUGUUUGGAUCUCAGGAGCCGCCCUCCGCCCAGCCCACCACGGCUGCUGACGGGCCGGCGAGUCAGAUCAGGAAGAGCGCCGUGGCCCCGGCGGUGCCCGUCCUGCAGUCGGUGGCGAGCGGCCCCGCCUACCAGCGCCGCAUCAACACCUGCAAGGCGGAGCUGCAGCAGCUGGUGCAGCAGAAGAGAGAGCAGUGCAGCGCCGAGCGCAUGGCCAAACAGAUGAUGGAGAGCGCAGAGUGGGAGAGUCGACCUCCUCCGCCUGGGUGGCACCCUAAAGGGCUGCUGGUCGCCCACCUCCAUGAACACAAAGCUGCUGUGAACCGCAUCAGAGUCUCAGACGAACACUCCAUCUUUGCUACGGCGUCCAAUGACGGCACCGUUAAAGUCUGGGACAGUCAGAAGAUGGAGGGAAAGACCACGACCACCAGAUCGGUGUUGACUUACUCUCGUAUCGGCGGCCACGUGAAGACGUUGACCUUCUGUCAGGGGUCACAUUACUUAGCGGUGGCCUCAGACAACGGAUCCAUCCAGCUGCUGGCAGUCGAAGCAAAUAAACCACCAAAGUCCCCCAAAGUUCAGCCCUUCCAGACCAGGUCUCUGGACCUGCAGGAGGACGGCUGUGCGGUCGACAUCCACCAUUUUAACUCGGGCGCCCAGUCGGUGUUGGCGUACGCCACCGUCAACGGCUCGCUGGUCGGCUGGGACCUUCGCUCCAACUCCAACGCCUGGACGCUCCGCCACGACCUCCGCCUCGGACUCAUCACCUCCUUCACCGUCGACAUGCACCAGUGCUGGCUCUGCCUCGGUACGAGCAGCGGCACCAUGGCCUGCUGGGAUAUGCGGUUCCAGCUCCCCAUCUCAAACCACUCCCACCCUGCCAGAGCACGAAUCAGACGACUGCUGAUGCAUCCGCUCUACCAAUCAUCUGUCAUCGCAGCUGUCCAGGGGAAUAAUGAAGUGUCAAUGUGGGACAUGGAGACCGGGGAUCGUAAAUUCACCCUUUGGGCGAGCUCUGCACCUCCACUCUCUGAGAUGCAGCCGUCUCCUCACAGUGUUCAUGGGAUCUACUGCAGUCCUGCUGAUGGGAACCCUCUGCUGCUGACUGCUGGAUCUGACAUGAGGAUCAGGUUCUGGGAUUUGGCGUAUCCUGAGAGGUCGUACAUCGUGGCGGGAGGAGCCAAUGACUCGCUGCACUGUCCGUCUGUUCUCUACAGCAGGAAGAUCAUCGAAGGGACCGAAGUCGUACAGGAGAUCCACAGUAAACAGAAGAGCGGCGUGGUGGAGGACUCGCCUCGCCGCGGCCCAGAAUCCCUCCCUGUGGGACACCAUGACAUCAUCACCGACAUCGCCACCUUUCAGACCACACAGGGCUUCAUCGUCACCUCGUCCAGAGACGGCAUCGUCAAAGUCUGGAAGUGAGGACGAGCGGCGGCAUGAGACGACACGCCAACAGUACACACACACACACACACACACACACACACACACACACACACACACACACACACACACACACACACACACACACACACACACACAGGAUGUUCCUCCUUUGUCUUUUCAAAUUCUCUCUGUUGUCUCACAAACGUGGUCCAGAAACAUUUGCUGUACAAAACCGGACAUGUGGUUUCUAAGCUGUGACGGUUUGAGACAGGAACACAGGAAGUGACAUGCGGUGCGCAGCCACCUCCAUGCUUGUUACAUUUAAUUUUCAUGGAAAAGAUUAACGUCCGUCUUCAGAAUUUCUAUUUUUUACUGUAGUUGAUGGCGUCGUCCUGCUAGCUGCUUCUGAUGACGCGUAAACAGUCACGUGUGGCUUCGUGUUCAUCCCCGUCUCACAUUUCUAAUUCCUACAAUUAAUAUACUUAUUUUGAUCGUGUAUUCACUGAUCUCAGUUCAGUAUCAAAACCAAACUUUAUUAAAUGAGUUUGCGGAGACGAGGACAGAUGGAGUGGAAUUAAGUUUAGUAACAGAGUACAAAUUAUUCAUAGAGGCAAUAAAAUAUGUAUAUUGAGUGCACAGAUUAGUAGUUUGAGUGCAUGAAUUACUAAAUUGUGAAACUAUUUAUCGCACGUUCUCUGCCAGUCUCUUCAGAUUCAGUAUCUUGGUUUUGGGGACCAGUACUCUGAAACGAGGAGGUUAAAGAGGCGAACUGGGCCUGAAUCUGCUCUUUACUGGACAUUUCACCUGAACAGAUUAGAGUGUGAUUUGCACAAAAUCAAUAUCUUUUUCUUUUUUUUUUAAAUCUAAUUAUCACGGCGACAGCUUGAAAAACUUGAGCUACAAGAUUUAUUUACAUAUUUAAAAAACACUCAUGUUUGUCCCCUUUUUUUUUGUGGUUUUCUAUGAGACCAAAAUCCUAUAAUAAAAAAACAAAUAUUUAAAACUUCAGUUCUCAUUUGAACUUAUCAUGUAUUUAAACUGAGUCACCUUAUCUCCAUAUGAGAAUUUAGAUCAUCCUGUGGAGAGACAAUAAAUGACCGACUUGGACCUGAUUCUGGACUUGAUUUAGCUUUUGGAUGCGAUGGAUGUUAAUUCUGUUUAACAUGUUUCAUGCCCCCUAAAAACAGUUUAUUGGCAGGUGAAUGUUUGUACACACACAAAUGAACUCUCUCUCUUUUUCUCUGUACAUAAGACAUUAUUUUAAAUCUGAGUAAUAUAAAGUUGGAUUUGAAACUUGUACAAAAUAUAAAAUUAUAAAUGUCGUUGCUGCAGAAAUAUGUUACAAACUGCAGAUGAACCAUGUGACCUGCACUUCAAUGUUUGUCCAUCUGUUAAAUAAAAUCUGCAGCAAAAAUCC